AUGGCGGGUACCUCAUCAAGGUCUCCAAUCGUGCUCUCCGACGACGACGAGCCGGCGGACCCCGCUGCGCAGACGCCGCCUGUGGAGGGAUCCGGCGAUGACGAACAAGUUCCGCGGCCGGAAUGGCUUCCCGACGGCUUUGACGUGGGCGUGUACCGCACCGGCAACGGCACGCCCUACAGGUACUACGUCUGCGCCGUGGGCGGCUUCGAGUUCAACUACGAGUUCGAAGUGCUCGAGUACGUCUCCUCCGGAGCGUUGGGCCGGGCCGUCGAGGCGAAUGCCACACUCGAGGACAAGACCACGCUACAGGGCAAGUACGAAUGGCUUAGGGAUAAGCCCCCGUGGGUGAUGGAGAUCAGGGCCGGAGGCAAGAACAUGAGUAAAUUGUUCAAGUUUUAUGCUCACCUGGAUCGGGGAGUGCGGGUUGCAUCCAAAGACGAUGUAAUACGCUAUAUAAAUGAGUCCAAGAUCGCUGAAUGCCCUUAUGAUGAGUGCGACACAAGUUGUGAAGAUAACAUCAUUGCACAACUUCAAUUCAGAAUUGCUGGGCUUCCACCUGGAUGGGUCAAAGAAACUGCAUUUCGGAAAUGCAGCGAUGGCAUCAGGAAGGAUUCGGUAAAAUAG